AUGAUUAAGAAUGUAGAAAGUAAGAACAGUAAAACUGACCCUAAAUACGAGGGCGUGUUCUAUAUUCAUGGUUAUACAAAGAAUGGCAGUUACAUUCUAAAAGAUGAAACCGAUACAUUCUUAUCAAGAGAUGUUCCUACAUCUCACAUUAAAUUGAUAAACGAGAAUUCACCUCCUCCAGAACCUGCUGAUAAACGUUAUGAAGUUGAGGCUAUCCUCAAACAUAAGGGUAAAGUGCCUAACUAUCAAUAUCUCGUUACUUGGAAGGAUUACGAUUGUAGUUAUGAUUCAUGGGAAACUCCAGAGUUGUUUGAUUCAAGACAACCUAUCAAACAGUACUGGGCGAGAGUAGGAGCACCUGAAAAGAGCUCUGGUAAAAGGCAAAUAGUACCUAAAUCAAUCAACAAAAGAUCGGUUGCAACGCGUGAAGAGAGAUCUACAAAGAGACAUGCGCGGUUGAUUGAGAACAGACAACCAUCAUCUUUAUAG